AUGACCAGUAUCGAAGACCUUAUUCCUUUGAGAAAGGACUACAAACCACCCGCUGAAGUGGAAGUAGUCAAAUUCGAAGACCCCGAGAAAAAGUUACGAAACACGAAAAGGAAAUUAGCGGAAGAGAAUGAAAAAGUUAACGCUUUACAACCGAAGCCAGGAAAGGAGGUUAAAUCGCUGAAAUAUAGCAAGCAGUUGACAAGAGAGUUAAACUCGAUGAAUUUCGAAAUCCAGAGAUUCACUACGCAAUCUCUAAAUAGGAAAGAGCGCCUAGAAGCAGAACGAAAACAGUUGAUUAAACUGGGCGCGGAGCCACCGAAAAAGAAAAAUAUUAACUACAAAGAGCUGAUGGCACAGCGGAAAGAGGAACGUGACAAGUAUAAAGAAGAACGUGAAAUAGCUCGGCUACAGGGCAUAGUUUUACCCAAAGACCCUCCUAAAUUGACAGGUGGUAAAAAGAAAAGCAAAAAUGAAAGAGCGAAAGAGUUAUUUGGAAGUGAGAAGUUUGAAAACGCAAGUGAUGGGCAGAUGGGUUCAUACCGAAAAGGAUUCCAGGUUUUGUCUUCAUCUGAUUUGAAGAGAGUGAAAACUAGCAAGUCUUUAAAACUUUAA